AUGAGCAAUAUCCUAGUUAAGGCAGUUCUGCCAUCUGAGGAGGACACCCUGGUAUCCAGCUUGUUGACACACAUUACUUGCUUCCAGUUCUGCAGCAUUUUGCUUGCUAUUAUAGGUUGGAUUCUGUGCAUUAUUUCAACUGCAGGAGUGCAAUGGCGAGUAUGGCACGUAGACAAUGUUACAGGCAUCAGUUCUGGCAUAGUAUGGGUCGGAAUCUGGAAAGUCUGUUUUAGGCAUGAUGCAACUCCUGAUCGAAACACAUAUUUGCACUGCGAAGAUUUCACUGAAAAUUACAGGACCCUCCCUAAGGAAAUUUUUAUUGCUCAGGACCUCAUGGCAUUAGCUUCCAUUGUCAAUGCAUUGGCUAUUGGUUUUAUGUCCUUUGCCUUAUGGAAUGUUUUCAAGAACACCAAACAGAAAAAAGCCUUGAUUACAUUUUUCACAAUUGGAGGCAUUCUGAACUUCACUUCCGGACUCAUUGUCCUCGUCCCACUUUCCUGGAACCUACAUUCCGUCCUGGCAAAGGAGGAAAUUGAGUUCCCGGAUUCUUUCCAAUUGCCGAGAAUUCCCAAGGACCAGUCUGUUGGCGUGGCUAUUUAUGUCGGAUAUGGUGCUGUAGCAUUCCAGUUAGUGAGCGGAUUACUUACUCUCUUUCAGAAAUAUUUGACAUUCAACAAAACACACCCGUUUGACAUUAUACAAGCCCAAGCAAUGGCAAGUAAAACUAAGGCUCAUAACUGCCCGUCAUGUGGCUCUUCGGUGGAUCUUACAGGGCUUUUUAAAGUCUCUUGA